UCGGCAUAACAUUGUUACAAUAUGAAACUGAAACUGAAGCGUCUAUGUUUCAAAUUUCCAUACGCAUACCAAUAGUGCUUGUUGGAUAAAAUAGAUUUCUCUGCAAAUUAGUGUUCGUGUGUCACCGAUAAUGGCCUCUUUUGAAGAAGAGUUAUCUUGUUCGAUUUGUUGUGGAAUAUUUAACGAUCCUGUUUUACUCUCUUGCAGCCACAGUUUCUGCAAGGAGUGCUUGAGCGAUGCAUGGGCUAAAAAGAGAGCAAAAGAAUGUCCAUUGUGCCGGCGAAAGUCAUCGAAAGAUUUCCCUCCAUUAAAUCUGGCGUUAAAACAAGUAUGCGAGAUUUUUAAGAAAGAAAAAAGUAAACAACACGCAAACGAGAGAGCACUUUGUGAUCUCCAUCAGGAAAGCUUCAAACUCUUCUGUAAGCAUGACGAUGAGCCGGUGUGCGUUGAUUGUGUUGGUUCAACAAAACAUCGAGAACAUAAAUUCUGUAAACUGACGGAAGCGAUUCAAGAAAAAAAGGAUGAUCUGAUGGCAGCCUUACAUCCAUUAAAGGAGAAGUUGGAAAUUUUGGAAAAAAUCAAACAAAGUUGUAAUUCUACUGCAGCAUACAUUAAAAACCAAGCUAAUCAAACAGAGGCACAAAUAAAGCAGGAGUUUGAAAAGCUGCACAAGUUUCUGCAUCAGGAGGAAGAAGCACGCAUAGCCAAGCUCAGAGAGGAGGAGACAGAGAAGAACCAAAUGCUUGAGAUAACUGUCCAGAACAUCAGCAGAAAGUUGGACUCCAUCUCAGAGUCUAUAAGGAGCAUUGAGAAUGAGAUGAAGGCAGAGGACAUUUCUUUCCUUCUGAGCUUCAACAAGACAAAGACCAUAGUGCAGGACAAUAUGCAGGCUCCUGCACCUAUUCCUGUGCCUCUAAUAGAUGUUGCCAGGCACCUGAAUUUGCUUAAAUACCAUGUCUGGAAAAAAAUGCUGAGUAUUAUCCAGUAUGUUCCGUUAUGGUUGGAGCCCCUCUCUGCCCAUCCCCAGCUCUCGCUCUCUGAGGAGCUAACUAGCAUGAGCUACAGCAUAAGGGGUACAUCCAUCCCCGCGAAUCCAGAGCGCUUUGACCUCUAUGUGUUUGUCCUGGGGGCAGAAGGCUACGACAGCGGCAACCACAGCUGGGAAGUGGAAGUGGGCUACAAGCCUAAUUGUCGUAUCGGUGUGGCUCGUGCAUCCGUCCAGAGGAAGGGCCAUUUCUCAGUGUGCCCAAAGGAGGGCCUGUACACAAUUGUCAUUCGUAAAAGAGAGUUUUAUGCAGGCACAUUGCCAGAGAUUCAUUUGGAUUUUAGGAAGAGGCCUCAGAGAAUAAAAGUAAAUCUAGACUAUGAGAAAGGUGAGGUGACAUUCAGUGACCCCAGUGAUGGUGCUGUGAUAUUCACCUUCAAGGACAUAUUCACAGAGAAGCUGUACCCUGUGUUUGGGCCAUCGAAAGAUUCUGCACCCCUGCGUAUAUGUCCUAGGGUAGUUACUGUGGCUAAUUAGGAGUGAUGAUGCAAUUUUUACUGCAUUCCAUAAAUUGUUUCAUUAUUGUACAUACUACACAAAUCUUUCAUAUGAAGUAUCAGCAUUUUGAAAAUUAAGGUAAUGUAAUUUUAAAAAUUAGGGUAAAAAAAAAAAUCAAACAGGAAAAUUUGGCAAUUUGUAAUCAAUUUAAUAUGAAAAUUCAGGUUAUGGACAUGCUGGUUGUUAAAAUUCAGGGAAAACAUUUGGGUUACUUAGCAACCUAGUUUGAUGAACUUCCCCAAUCACAAAACAUUUCUAACAAACCUUUUUAGAAUGGAGAAUGAUGGGAGCAUACAGUGGUGUGAAAAAGUGUUUACCCCCUUCCUGAUAUCUUAUGUUUUUGCAU